UGCCUAAAGACGUCUGUGUGUACAAUAACACUGAGUAUAAGGUUGGAGAAGUCCUAACUCACGAAUGUGUAACUGUUACUUGCCAUAAAACUAAUGGCUUGUUUCAGAUUAUGGAGAACAUCACAGAAUGUGGUUCACAAGACUGUGAUCCUGGGUUUAAAUAUGAGAUAAAAGCUGGAGAGUGCUGUGGAGAGUGUACACAAGUGGCCUGUGUUUAUGAUGCACCAAACAACACCAGACAGACUCUCAAGAUUGGAGAAGUCCACAGUUACAAAUGUGAAACACUUGCCUGCCGUGAAGUCAAUGGCUCACUUAUGACUGACAGGAGCUCUGAGAAGUGCUCUUACUCGAGUCAAAGUGACUGUGAUCCUGGGUUUAAAUAUGAGCAAAAAGAAGGAGAGUGCUGUGGAUCAUGUACACCAGAUACCUGUGUUUAUGAGACACCAAACAACACCACUCAUAGUCUCAAGGUACAUUUAAAAACAUUGUCAAACUCAAUCUACUCUUGUUCUUCAAUCUUCAUGGAGUCUGUCUUUUGUUAG